AUGCCGUACAAGGACUUCAAGAAGGAUCUGAAAGAUGCCGCGACUCCAGGUCGGUAUCCGCACUUGAGCGGCAUCAAGGCUGGUGAAUACGAUGCCUCUGUCGCAUUUACCUUCAACGCCCCUAAUGGACCCAAUAUCAGUCUUGAAGCGAUAGUAUCUGACACUACCCAAUACCCAGCCUCCCAUACUUUAUUAGUCAUCACUACGUCCGACAAUCCAAUGGUCAACAAGGCGCUGAAGUUGGAAACACCUUUCUUUAAAAGUGCCACCGUCAACCAGUUUUUGAAAACUGUUGAUCAAGUUCUGUUCGAAGCCCUCGUCCACGAUAGAGUCAUUCGUGAUUCUCCAUCUGGAGAUAAUGAAUUUGAUACAUACGAGCAAGAUGAUGACAGUGAAGAGUAUAACGAUGGUUUUGAAUGGACAUGGGAAAGCCCACCAGAGAAUGAAGCUGUGCAGAAGCUGAUUCGCCGUGAUCUUCGUGCGGCUAAGGCUGCUGGGUUCAGGACCGGAUUCUACCCGAAUGUACAUGGAUCAAGCCAAGGAGUUACGCUUCUGUGCAUCUCCUGUCGUAUUUCCCGACUCAAUAUUUCCGAUGAAGUCAUGCAGGCAUGGAAUGUGCACCGAGAUGAGUAUUUGGUUCUACUCAUGCUCUAUCCAGUACAUUACAAAGGCAUGGGGUAUAUUUUGGAUACUCCCGCUUCUAGUGGAUAUCAGGGUUCAGUUAUCCAGAUGCGCGUCGGGCUCUGCGACUCCUACAAACCAACUCUAGAGCACGCUGAACAAGUAUUCAAGACUACGCGCCAUCCACCACCCGCGGUUCAGGGCACCCCACUGAAACAUCUUUUCAUCGGGACAUCACUGAACAAGCUUUUGAAUGAUCGACUGGUGCCAAUUGCUAGGUAUCGGGUAAAAUAUAAUUUGACGUGGACUGCCGCUGAGCUUUAUUACCACUCAGUGAUGGGCAAAGCAACGGUUGAUUCUGAUAAAGACGGAAGACCCCCCUAUGUGGCCGACACAUGGGAUACCCCAGCUCCACCCCCUCUGGUGUUUGACCAUUUCCCUUUGACGGAGAAAGACUUGGGUGAGGCUUCAUUUCCUCUCGUGGCAAUGCAGUUUACUCUGCGACAUCUUGUCAAGUGCAACGGAUUUUGCGCUGUUUGUCACUGCAAGGUUUCCAAUGAACUAGAUGCCGUCAAGCCCUUUGUUUGCGCGAAUCAGCUGUGUCUUUACCAGUACAUGACGCUCAACAUGGGUCUCAGCAUUGACCACGAGGUCAUGUCCCAGCCUAAAGUAGUCGAUCUACUUAUAUACUUGGCAUAUGGCAGGGCGAGACGCUGCCUUCUUGACGAUUUCCCAAUUGGAUUGGGCCUGAUGGUUCCAGAUAUGACGCUUGUUAAAUAUGGGAAGCCUGAGGACAGUGACAAGUGCAUAGCUGAGUUGGAUAAAACUGAAAGGGUACUUGUCGGAGAAGAUCUCAAACUCUCCGUAGGUGACUGGAUCAUUAUCUUCCACGAUGAAAAAUCCCCAAACAUACAUUGUCGAGUUGAAGAAAUUGACCCAUCCCGCACCCAUGCCAGUCUCUCGAGCUUCAUCUGGGAUAGGCCGAAGCCAGCUAAUACUGACUUUGGCACACAUGUCCGUUACCAGGUCUACAGUCAAUUAUUUGACGACUUGCCAAGAGAAGCAAAAUUACUUUCAGUCAUGACCCUGCUCAACACCCUUCCAAGUGUCGACUCGAUGAAGAAUUAUCUCAAGGACUGUUUCUCUGUUUCCCUGUCCUCUUGGAGGAAUCGCAUCAGCCCAUCCGCUUUUACCCUUUUGCGAUGGAUCGUUGCCUCAAAUCGAUCAUGCAUCAUGCUAGACGAAGACCCGAAAAACCUGGUGUCUGACAUGUACUUCUGGAGGCAGUUUCGAAUCAUCGGUACCCCCGAGAAGGAACUAAGCUUUGCUCAGAACGUUCAGCUCCACGGGAAUAAACAAUUUCCCACGAUCUUUGCCUGGCAUGGCAGCCCGGUCCAUAACUGGCAUGCCAUUUUGCGAGAGGGGCUUAAUUUCCAAAGGAUUUCGAAUGGUCGCUCCUUUGGCGACGGUGUUUACUUCUCGGAUCACAUGCGUACUUCCCUAACUUAUGUGACAAAGAAGGCGUUGAUAAUACCCACAACUCUAUACCCGGAAGAUUGGAUCGCCGCCGAUUCUAGUGGAGGGAUUGUUAUGUCUCUGAAUGAGAUUGUCAACUCUACUAAGGAUUUUGUCUCUACUAGGCCGCACCUCGUUGUCAAUCAACUGAACUGGAUCCAACCGAGGUAUCUAUUCUUCCAGGUGAUGACUGACCGGCGUAUCACACCUGAGCCCUCGCACAUCUACAAUCAAGAUCCAAACCAUGUGACCCAGGGGACAGCGGGACCUGUCCAGAUACCCAUAUCGGCAAUUGCUCAAACUCGCCGAAAAGAUCUUCAUGAGAAAAGCAAGUCGCCAAAGAAGUCUAAGAUUUGGGGCGGCCGUCCUCCCGGUUCGAAAAAUAUGAUUCGUUCUCCCAGUCCGGAUGUUAUGAUUGAUAGCAAGAGUAUCGCCACUGAUGAUGAAGACCGGAUGAUUCUGCUUUCCGACAACGAGAGCAGCAAAGGCAAUGGAUUUUCUGACCUGUCACUGAAUGCUGGAAAGAAGAGGUCUGAAAACGGAAUCAUUACGACUGAUACCGAGAACAAUUUCGUUCCAGGAACUCUCAGAAACAAGUCGUUGUCUUUGCUCGAAAGUCCUAAAUUUGCAAACCCCGUCGCAACCAGACUCCUUCAAAGGCAACUUCAGACAACCCUCAAGGUUCAGAAGAAAGAAAAGUCCCACGAUCUGGGCUGGUACAUCGACCCCGAGCUCAUCAUAACUCCAUACCAAUGGAUUGUGGAACUGCACAGUUUUGACCCCGAGCUGCCCCUAGCUAAAGACAUGAAGAAGGCCGAAAUCAAGAGCAUCGUGCUUGAAAUGCGCUUUCCGGCUUCAUAUCCUAUGGACCCGCCCUUUGUGCGAGUCAUUACCCCAAAGCUCCUCGAAUUUGCGAAUGGAGGUGGCGGACACGUCACAACUGGAGGCUCCAUGUGCUUGGAGCUGCUCACCAGCUCGGGAUGGCUGCCCACAUUUUCAAUUGAGAAUGUCCUGAUUCAGAUUCGCAUGGCCCUAUGUAACACAGAGCCACAGCCGGCACGGCUCGGUAAAAAUCCUUUGAAUCAGUAUGAUGUUGCGAAUGCAAUUGCUGGUUAUCAGCGAGUUGCCCAUGCCCAUGGAUGGAAUAUUCCUGGUGAUAUGAGUUGGAUCAAAAACAUGAAGUAG